AUGCAACCCGACGCCUACCGCCUUCCCCCGGUCUACGCGCAUCCUCACCCGGGCUACUACGCGCAUCCCUAUCCUCCUCCGGUGGCUGCUGCCGCACCGCGCCAACGCACGGCCAUAGCCUGCAAGUACUGCCGAAAGAGAAAGAUUCGAUGCUCAGGCUACGACAGCUCACCCGACGGCCGUUGUCAAAACUGCGUUCGCUUCAAUCAGCAGUGCCUCUUCCAUCCCGUCUCCUCCCAGGCUGCCUUUGUCCCGGCCAAUGCCGUGUAUGGACCUAACGCUGCGAGGGCCCCUCUUGCUGGUCAACCGGAUGGCCGUCUUGGCCAGAAUGGACAACAUUAUCCCCGAGAGGGUGAAGCGCCGCCGAUGCUCUAUGGUGCCCAUGGUCAACCCCUCGGACCCGCCGGACCGCAUGGCCAACCUCAGUACAACUAUCCGCCGGCUCCUCCCCAUGGUUAUCCUCCUGCGCCCUACCCAUACGCUCCCUAUCCGCCCGCUGGACAACCAUAUGACGCACAAGGGCAGGGACCUCCUGCGCAUCAUGAUGAACGUGUCAGUCUUAAGCGUCCCCCUCCUGAUGAUGACCCCCACAAUGAGAAUUCUCAUGCAUCCCAGUCUCCCCACCCCAACAAUCGCCCGCGCAACAGUACAUACGAAUCGCGCCAGAACAGCAGCGGCAGCUACAACGACUAUCAAGAUCCCAACAGUGGCGCUCCCACCUCGCCAGCCACUUCAACCAUGAGCUACCAGUCCUUCCCUCAGCAACCUCGCUACGCCAACGGCACUCAGUCGCAAAAGGGUAAUAAUUCACCACCAUCGGGCUUGACCCCGCAGUCCGCUCACAGCUUCAACUCACCCCAUCAUGGACCAAGCCACGAUGAUGGAAGGACCCCCCCUCCCGGCCAGCCCGGCUCGGCUGGUUCGUCAGCCAACGGUAGAAGCGGAAUGAAGGUCCACGAGAUGCUCGGCGAUCCCACCAGGGUACCGCCGGAGCAGCGAGGUAGGAACGACAACGAUAUGCUCAACAAGCUGGAUGGCAAGAAGUAG